AUCCGUUUCCCUUUGUUUGGCCUUAUUGAAGUGCCAGUCUCAAACUGAUUCCCAUGGUGUGAUGUGAAUCACCAAACUCCAAUAGCUCCUCCCUCGUUCUUCGUUGAAGGUGAAAUUUCAAUGUAUUUGCUACAAUGCAAAGCACUUGUGGUUUAUUACUAAUACUUACCAUGUUAUUUGCGGAAAACUCUUUUAAAGAAAGUUACAGUCAGAUCCCUUUGACCAACGGUCGUCACCCUACGAUUCCCAAAUAUAUCUUUGGUGGGCCCACGGCUGUUGGAUUUCAGUCUGGGGUACUCUGAUCCUGUUAUUCAUCUCUUAUCCAUCCAUCGUCUUAGGAAGGAAGGAAGGAAGGAAGGAAGGAAGGUUAAGUAGUACUUCCGUUUGCAUGGUCCACAGCCCGAAUAUUGGAUUUCCAGGUUUGCAUCAAACGAUCAAAGAGGCUAAAGAGAGGAAUUACUGGAUUACGGUAAUAUAGAAACUAACUAACAAACAAAUAACAUCAUCCCCAUGAUGAGAUCAAAUUCAGGAAGAAGAGGCCGGACCGGAGCCUCCACUGACUACUGACUGGUACUCAGCUAUACUAGUCAGUCACCUGUGUCUAUUGACACCGUCCUAAUGUGUCCUUUCUUCUAUACUUUUUUUUCUCUCUAUUAAGUUUAUCCGGCCCCAGUCAUUUUUCUGUAUCUGUGUGUCCUGUGCUGUGGCCCAUGCCCUGUGCCGCUGUGCCGCUGUGCUGUGCAGUCUAAAAGAAAGGCUGUAGAUUACUCCAGAUCAUCUCCUCUCUGCUCCAUCUGCACAGCAAUGUUUCUACCUUUCUCUAUUUAUUUUACCUUUUUCUGUUUUUGUGAUCCUCCUUAGUCCUUCCUUCCCUUCCCUGAUACUAGUAUGACUGACAUGGGAACAAAGCGCCCGUCUCUCUCUCUCUCUCUCUUACUCACUUCAUCUCGCAGCCUAUCUUCAUGUAGCAGUUGUGCCCAUCUUUCUUUAUGAUUGCAUCUUAUUUUUGUGUUUGUUUUUUGGUUUUCAUGUUGCCUUCAUUCGUUCUUUCAUUCUUUUGAGGCAUAAUUGUCUUCAAGCCUCCAAAGAUCUCAUUUUUUUACGGGAUAUUAGAUGCAUUGCAUGGACUUGUUGCUUUUUCAUCUAUAUUUGUUGCUCAGAUGGUAAGGCUAGGGCAUUCCGAAUUCCAAAAUCUCAUUUUGUUUUGCAUUUCUUGGUGCAUUCUCUGAAAUCUUAGUCUCCGAGCCUCCUUGUCUUCUUCAGUACUAGAUCUUUCUCAACAUUACUACAUUCCGCCAUUUCUUCAACCAUGAUCAGGGGCUCUUGUGUGGACCUUCUCUUCCAAGACUUGUUUCCAUGUCUUCCAAGAACUUUCUAGCUAGCUUCCAGUUCCUCAUCGUCUACAAAGAUUCACACUCCAAGUUCUCUGUUUUAAAGAGUGCUUCUUCUUGGCAACUCGGGAUUUAGUCUUGCUCUUGUUAGUUCUUGCUCCUUAUCAAGCUGCUGUCUUGAAAUUUCUUUAGCCGAUGGCAGAGAAGGGGGAGACUUCUGGCAAAGAUAUAGAAAGAGGACCUCACCUUCCCUUUAAUAGCGAUGACAGUGAUGGCAACCACUGUUUUUCUGACGCCGAGGAGCAGUCCUGGCAUUCACCUUAUGAUUCAAACAGUGCUGCUUCACCAUAUGCUGUGUUUCGGGCUUCAUUUGCAUCAAGUCACGAGACUGAUGUAGCACCAGAGACAUGCAGAAACUCCUGUUUCUCUGAGUCUUCCCUUGAGAUUGAUUUGGAGAGCGGGGCGGCUGAGAUUAAGGUUAAUUUGCCCAAUGUUGUAGAGAAGGAUUGCAGGAUCUGCCAUCUUAGUUUACAGAGUUCUGCCUCUGAAUCUGGCGUUGCUAUUGAGUUGGGUUGUUCUUGCAAGGGUGAUUUGGCUUCUGCACACAAGCAAUGUGCUGAGAAAUGGUUCAAAAUGAAAGGAAACAAGACCUGUGAAAUAUGUGGUUCAUGUGCACAAAAUGUUGCUGGUGCGGUGGACAUUCAGACGGAGCACAUUGAAGAGUGGAACGAGACCAGCAAUAACAGCAACAAUACUGGUACAGGUGCUGCAGCAGUGACGGAGAACAGGAGAUUUUGGCAAGGCCACCGUUUCCUCAAUUUCUUGCUGGCCUGUAUGGUCUUUGCCUUUGUCAUCUCCUGGCUUUUUCACUUUAAUGUCCCGGGCUGAAUCAUCUACAAGUCCCAAGUCUGUUCCAUUCCAUUCCAUUCCAUUCCAUGAAUAGAUAUAACUCCUGUAUUACUACUUACUAGGCCAGUUGAUCAGAGAGAACAGGGAGAGAAAGAGAUAGAGAGAGAGAGAUAACAUGACAUGACACGACCCGACCCUCCUCUCGAUCUACAACUGAGGAUGCCUUGUCACGCUUGUCAACCUUUUCAGCGCUGCCAUUUGCCAACUUUCUUUCCAUAUUGUGGUGUUUUAUGCGUGCUUGAGCUUACUUAUAAAUGCCCCAUUCCCUCUGUUAACCUCUCAUGUAUACGAGAUGCUUAAAAACUUUGUGCUUACUAUUUUCUAAAAGUGUGUUUAUCCAAAAGAAAAGAACAAAAAAAAAAAAAUGGUGUUCAAUUAA